GGCUCGUUACUAAUGCCGUUAACCUUCUGCUGCUUCUGCUCGUCCAUUGUUAAAUAUCACUAAGUUGAUUUACAAUUUGAGGCCUUUCGGUUUUACAGUGUUUAACUCCUAUAUUCUAAAAUGAUUGAUGUAGUAGGAAUAGUUUUUGCUGUUUUGGUAGCAAUUGGUGGCAUAAUUGGUUACUUGAAAGCGGGUUCCAUACCAUCGCUGGUGGCCGGCAUAGUGUUUGGCGUUCUCUUGGCGAUAGGGGCGUAUUUUAACUCUCGUACCGAACCAAUACCGUUGAUUCAAAUCAUUCUACUGGUUGUUCUGGGCACUAUGAUGGGCUUCCGGUGGGUCCGCUCCGGAAAUUUCAUGCCUCCUGGAUUGAUUACAGUUUUGAGUGUAGCUGUACUGAUUUGGACCUGCGUUAUGUAUCGUGAAAGCCUGCCGUUUGUGACUAAACCGAAAGAACUUGUUGAUGCAGCAUCUGAAAAGAUUGAAACCUCCACGACAGUACAGUGAAAUCAAUGAGUACUCAUUUUUGAUCUGAUCUGUUUAAUUCUGUGUUUCUAAGGGUGUGGACAUAGACUGAAAUAUGAUAUGCAACAAUAAUUCUCAAUCCAAAAUGAAGAUAAUUUAGACUACGACUAAUUUCGAGAAAUAUAUUGCUAUUUAUAAUCAUGUAAAUGCAUAUUGAGCUAAACUUGGCAGAAAAUAUACAAUUAUUUGUUUGUAUGAUAUUAA